AUUCAGGUCUUAGGUUAUAUCUAGCUGAGUGCGUUACCGUGCUCAUUGAUGUAUAAUCUUUGAUUGUGGACGUGUUGUCGUCGAUAAACAUGUUUCCGUUCCUGUCAAGGGCAUGACCCUGGCACGGGCUGAACGAGCAGGGUUGCUUGAGCUCUUGGCCGUAUCGUCAUGGUCAUUCACAAACAAACCACAUAUUCUGCGCACACGUGUACAGAAAUGUCAAACCCAACAAGACUACAGGUGUACUCUUCAUCAUAUCCAAGGACAGACACAUCACUUCAAGCGCAAAAACAGUGGUCAAGACAUGCGUAGGGUAGAGAAGUGGAAAAUAAUUGCUCGCUUAUUCGAAAACAAAACAAAGGAUUCCCUAGGUAUCAUUCUGUGUAUUCCCCGGGCGCUAUCCUCUUUGGACAAACUAAAACUACAUUAUCGACCGAUUUUGUGUGUUCGCAGCUUUUUGGGUGUUGUCGUAGUAAUGUGAAGAGGUUAUCAUCAUUAUUCUUUCGUUGAAUCCAUCA